AAUCCAACGAUGGUGGUAACUCACCUCAAGGAAGACAGAGAGUUUGGGGUUCUUUGCGAGGUAAUUCUGGCAAGAGUAACCCCCAAUAUGAACAUGGUGGAUAUGAGCCUCAGCUUUCACACCACCAGGAGGAUUAUGGAAAUGUGAUGAUGAGGAAUGCCCAGGAGUACCCCCAAGUAAGACAAACUUUCUAUAGCAACCAACAGAACAUGAGGAGAGUGAAUUGGCAUAAUGAAAGCGAUAUCCAUGUUACUGUGUGGAGAGAUAGAAAACCUCUGAAGAGAGAAAUGAGGGAGAACACACAAGAUGGAACCCCAGGGAGCUGGUUCAAGAUCACCAUUCCCUAUGGGGGAAAGUAUGAGAAGACAUGGCUAGUGAAUUCAAUCCAGGACCAUUGCAGUGUCCCUUUCACUCCAGUGGAUUUUCACUAUGUGAAAAACCAAGCUCGGUUCUUUGUCCAGGAUGCUGGCAUUGCCUCUGCAUUGAAAGAUGUCAGCUACAAGAUAUGUGAUGAGGAGAGCCAAAAGAUAUCGAUCUUUGUCAAUCCCUCUAAUGUACCCUACUCUGUGCGGUAUAAGUUGAAGCCAGAAGAAAUGAAGCAGCUAAAGCUGACCAUGCACAAACGCUAUGAUGUCUCCCAUGAAGCUCUUGACCUCCAGAGUCUCCGCUUUGACCCAGACUUGGUGGGCCAUGAUAUUGAUAUAAUCCUGAAUCGAAGAAGCUGCAUGGCUGCCACCCUGCAGAUCAUUGAAGAGAAUUUCCCUAAGCUGUUGUCCUUGAACUUGAGCAACAACAAACUAUACCAGCUGGAUGGCCUGUCUGACAUUAUACAGAUGGUCCCCACAGUCAAGAUCCUGAACCUCUCCAAAAAUGAGCUGACCUUGGUGUGGGAGUUAAACAAGAUGAAAGGGCUGAAGCUUGAAGAGCUUUGGCUAGAAGGGAACCCUUUGUGCGACACCUUCCCAGACCAGUCCACCUACAUAAGUGCCAUCAGGGAAUGUUUCCCCAAGUUGUUACAUCUGGUAAGUGCCUACACUCAUCAUUGUCUCUUACUAACAUUUAUCAUCUCCAUAUCUGCCCUCAAACUCAUUGGUCUUGUCUAGAUUGCAUGUAUCCAUGACCUUUAUGCACUAGGAAACAUAGACUCCUGAAAAAGAUAAGGAUAUUCUUCCUGGAA